AUGGCGGUGGGGGCGUUCUCCGGCGCGGUUGGGGGCGUCUCCGGGCUGCUCCGGUUGAGGAGGACGCCUAGGGAGGCGGCUCCUGUGGCGGCGGCGGCGAGAUUGAAUGGGUCGGUCGGGGAGGGGGGGAACCUCGUUUGGGGCAGGCAGCUCCGGCCAGGGCUCCUGCUCGAGAGCGCUCCGGUGGCGGCGGUGCCGUGUAGCAUGACGGCGCCGGCCAGAAGGCGGCUGCUCCUGCCGGUAGCCUCUGCUGCGUCUUCUCCUGCGGAAGGGGGCGACUCCGCCGGGUGAGGUCCGUUUCCUCCGUUCCGACUAUGUCGCCGGAACUGAGUCCGUCGCGUCAAAUGCCUAUUCUUCCCCGUGAUCCCUGACUAUUUUCUUACUGCUCCUCGACGUUUUCUGCAAUUCGGGACGCGCAGGGAAGGUGAGGUUGCUGCUGUGGGUUUUCUGCAGAAAUACCCCGCGCUUGUCACUGGAUUCUUCUUCUUCAUGUGGUAAGAUUAAUCACACGGAAUUGGAAUUGGUGCGGUUGUUCCUCGUUUCAUCUUCUGCGGGAAUCUUCUCCUCUGAAUCCCCCGUGUUUUCGUCGUCGCCGCAGGUACUUCCUGAACGUGAUCUUCAACAUCCUCAACAAAAAGAUCUACAACUACUUCCCCUAUCCAUAGUAAGUGACCCAGCAUGAGUCCUUGGCGUUGACUUUCUUCUUUUGCUCAUAUGAUUAUUAUCAAUGGCCUCAUGUUCCCCCCUGCCCGACGCAGCUUCGUCUCGGUUGUGCAUCUGGCGGUGGGUGUGGUCUACUGCUUGAUCAGCUGGGGUGUGGGUCUCCCCAAGCGCGCUGUAGGUGUCAUCUAUAUUUUUUUAGUCUUGCAUUAACCUCCGUAGAACCCUGAACAUGAAGCAGAAUCUCCUAAAGUCUACAGGCCACGAUAUUACAGAGCUUCAAGUCUCUCAAGUUUCAAUUUCACCCUUAGCGUAGAGAGAGCGAGAGAGAGAGAGAGAGAGAGAGAGAGAGAGAGAUGGAGUUGCUAAAUUCUCUAAAUUUCUGGAAGGAUGGUAGCAAUAAUUCCGCUGGAAAUUACAAUUACCGGGAAGGAUGGGCAAAAUGAAGGGCUUCAUUUAAUCACUUUCGCGAAUAUUAUACAUCUGGAUACGAUUAUCGUGCAUCAAUACAUGCUUUUGGGUAAAAUCACGAUAAUCGUUCAAGGACUGAUGAUUGUAUACACUUUAGUCAGUAUUAUACCCGUCCGACUUUUGAUUUAUGCGAUUUCAUGUUUUCAUUCCUUUUUUGUGUACACAACCCUUAAUUUUGCAUGAACGAGGGCGCUGACUGGAGUCGACUUGUCUCUUUGUAGCCCAUCGACUCGAAUCUCUUGAAGCUACUCAUCCCUGUCUCUGUCUGCCAUGCCCUGGGACAUGUGACCAGCAAUGUUUCUUUUGCUGCUGUCGCAGUCUCCUUCACGCACACCAUCAAAGGUACCCUUCUAUCUCCACUGUGCUCGGUUCAUUAUAAAGCUGGCAUCUUUUUCUCUGGUCAAUGGGGAAAGAUCAUCCUCUGCCUGGAUCUCGAUCUGACAAUGGCUGAUCUGUGCCAGCUCUGGAGCCCUUCUUCAAUGCGGCGGCCUCUCAAUUCAUCCUCGGGCAGCAGCUGCCUCUCUCGCUCUGGCUCUCCCUGGCGCCAGUUGUUCUCGGUAAUGUCUUCACUCUUCUCUGGGCUUGUGACGAACCACAGCCACGCCAAGUACUUGACUAGAAAGAGAUCCUCUGUGUUUGGACGUUCAUCCUCUUCGCCUGUGACUUCUAUCUCCACUGUGCUCGGUUCAUUAUAAAGCCUCUUUUUCUCUGAAUGGGGAAAGAUAUUCUGCCUGGAUCUCGAUCUGAUGAUCUGGCAGCUCUGGAGCCCUUCUUCAAUGUCUCAAUUCAUGGCAGCAGCUCCUCUUAGUUGUUCCGGUAAUGCUAUCCUCUGGGCACGAACCACAGCCACGCCAAGUACUUGACUAGAAAGAGAUCCUCUGUGUUUGGACGUUCAUCCUCUUCGCCUGUGACUGACCUGAUUAUUCCAUGAUGGCAUCCCUUACCGAGCAUCCUUCAACUGGCUGGGCUUCAUUAGCGCCAUGAUCUCCACAUAUCCUUCACUUACAGGAGUAUCUAUUCUAAGAAAGCCAUGGUCUGCCCAUCUCCGUCCCUUCCUCUUCCAAUCUCCCCCUUCCUCUUCCAGCCUUUAAAACCUGUUGCUCUUACCUUUUUUCAGACAGACAUGGACAGCACCAACGUCUACGCAUACAUUUCCAUAAUUGCUCUGAUUGUUUGUCUCCCCCCUGCUAUCAUUGUGAGUAAACCUUCCGAAUAUAAUGAAUUCCACGCACUUUGAGGUUCAUUUUUUGUUAAUUUUUAGAUGCUGUAGUGGCUAGUUCUUGCAUUGGAAUCCGAAUCUUGUGAGCUUAUUGAGGCAUCUCGUCGAUGACUGUGGUUCUGAGAUCGUCUCUCCUUGAAUCCUCAGGUGGAAGGUCCCCAAUUGCUUCAGCAUGGUUUCAAAGAUGCCAUUGGCAAAGUGGGUCUGACCAAAUUUGUAAGCGACCUGUUCUGGGUCGGGAUGUUCUACCACCUCUACAACCAGGUAUUUAUAGAAACUUUAUCCGAUGUGAAAUCCCACCUCCCCCUUCACUUGCUAUCCAGCAAGAUGACGACUUUAUGACGUGGGCAACCCUGCAUACAGAAAAUUAGAGUGUUCCAAACUUAUGAACUAACAAAGUUCCCAUGGUUCAUCAGAUCGCGACCAACACCCUGGAGAGAGUAGCUCCGCUCACUCAUGCUGUUGGGAACGUCUUGAAGCGUGUGUUUGUGAUCGGGUUCUCGAUCAUAGUCUUCGGUAUGCAUUUGGUUCAAACUCUGCCCUUUGAUCAGCAUCGAGAUAGCUAUCACCCCUUUUGACUUCUUCAAUCAUUGCCCCUUUGGUCCUUCUGCAGGCAAUAGAAUCUCCACACAAACAGGCAUCGGGACCGCCGUUGCCAUUGCUGGUGUUGCCAUGUACUCCUUCAUAAAGGCCCAGAUCGAGGAAGAGAAACGGGUGAGUGCUUUCCUUCCCGUUUGAUCUUAUCCUCGUUGUUUAGCAUCUGCCAUGGCCGUUCUAAGACGGGCUCCUCCCCCGCUCCCUCCUCCCCUGCUUGCAGAAAGGAAAGACCGCAUGA